AUGACUGAAUUACAAGCACCAAUUGGUUAUCGUUUCAAGCCAAGCGAUGAAGUGAUCAUACAAUACUAUUUGAUUCCUAAGAUCGAAGGUAAACCCCUUCCAAGUAAACAUAUUUACGAGACUGGGGAAAUUUAUGGGAAAGAAUCACACGACUUGGAAAAUACGUUCCAACAAGGUAAAGAAUGGUAUAAACAAUUUGCGUCUUAUGAUGAAAAUUCCGAUGAUUCGUUGUAUUUCUUUACUAAGUUGACGAAAAAGUGGGACAACGGUAGUCGGAUAAGUAGAACCGCCGGAGAUGGAACGUGGACAGCCAACAAUGCAGGUAGACCAAUCUAUACAGACGUAUCAUAUACAGUAAAGUAUAGGACUUAUUCAUUCACUGAUAAUUCUGUUACGGGUCACAAAAGGAAGAAGGAAACAGUUGCGUCUGAUGGAAAUACCUUUACCUGGAACAUGGACGAGUACUCAAUCCUAAAAGGUGAACAAAAGUUAGAUUAUGCGAUUGUUAAGAUCAGAAGGAAAAGAAGCAAUAACGGAGGAUCAACAUCGUCAUCAUCAAAACAAGCGUCCUCAUCAUCUAAGAAAGUAAAGUCAUGUAAUUAUGAGGUUAUCAAUGACGCUCUAGCUUGUCAAGAUGGUUUCGAAGUUCAUAACACGGCAACUGAAGGUCAACAUUAUGCAAAUACGAGUUAUCAUCCCACAUUGGACAAUGUCGCGGGGUUCCAAUACUGCCAGAAUUCAAGUAUUUCCUUCGGUAAUGUAGUACCAUCUCCUGAAUAUAAUCAUCUGCAGUAUCAACCAUAUGCAUCCCCAUCCACAACAAAAUCAAGUAAUAAUACUGGUCUCCCAGGAUUUUGGUUGAAUAACUGUGUAUUUAAUGAACAAGCCGCAGCAUUCCAAGGUUUUUCUUCUAAAUCAGUUCUCCAAGAUGACGUGUUGGAAACUCAGCAGCAACCGCAGGCAUGGGGUGAUCCUAUGAACAAAAAUAUCCCAAAUUAUUAUCAAGGUCCACCGUUGCCAACAUGA